GGCUCAGGGCCAGGAAUCCCAGUUUCACCGAAGGGACCCUUCGCUUCCUGAGGUCUCGUAGCUGGCGAUGGACAUCUAGAUGGCCAUCGAGAAGGACUAUGAUGUCUUGGAGCGCUUGGGCGAGGGCGCUUUUGGAAAGGUCUACAAAGCGAGGCAUAAGAAGACCGAGGAGCUGGUGGCAGUGAAGCAGAUCAAGCUGGGCGCCAAGAGCUGGGACGAGGCCUGUAAGUCCACGGAGCUGGCCGCGCUGCGCCAGCUGCGGCAUCCCUUCAUUGUGCGCCUUAAGGAGCUUCUGCGGAACCAACUGGACGGGAGCCUGUACUACAUUUUUGAGUAUGUGGACAGCGACCUUUGUCGAUUGGUCAGGCAAUACCCCUCCGGCCUGGAUGAGUCCUUUGCUGCGGUGUUGGCGCGGCAGCUCUUCGCAGGUUUGGCACACAUCCACCAGCACAACUUCUUUCAUCGCGACAUCAAGCCCGAGAACAUCCUCUAUGAGAGCUCCCGGCAGGUACUGCGCAUCGCGGACUUCGGAGAGUCCCGGUCCCUGCGGGCGAGGCCUCCAUUUACUGACUACGUGGGCACUCGGUGGUAUCGAGCUCCCGAGUGCCUGUUGCGAGAUCGGGGCUACUCCUCCCCAGUGGAUGUAUGGGGCUCCGGCCUGGUUUUCGCAGAGCUCCUGCGCGGAUCCCCGAUCUUCAUGGGCAGCUCGAGCAUCGACCAGCUCUACAAGAUUUUCGCGGUUCUGGGGCAGCCCAUCUCCGACUGGCCGGACUUCGCUCGCCUGGCGGAGGCCUGCCGUUUCCGGGCCACCGCCACGGGCAGCGGCUUGCCGACUGUGCUGCCGCGGGCAUCCAGCCGUGUGGUGGCCCUCCUCUCGGAGAUCUUGAUGCUGAACCCUAGGCGCAGGCCUAUGGCACGGAAGGUCUUGGAGCACGCCUACUUCAACUCCCUGCCGCCUUUUGAUCCUGACCGGCUCGACACGGCCCGGUCUUCUGCAUCUGCCAUGGGGCGCAGCGACUCGCGAAACUCCUUCCAGAUGAACGAUGUGGGGCAGGCUCCGCUGACGGCUUCGGAUGGCAGGGUGCAGGCCUCCAGACCUGAGACGCCCCAGGCGCCGCCACCGCCGCCGCCGAUGACCCAGGCCAAGAGUGAGGUUUGUGUGGAUGAUGUGGACCUUGAUGCGGAGCUUGAUAAGAUUCUGGGCGACUCUCCACCGGAGGCGGAGCCCUUGCUUGCCAGCGCGGAGGUCUUCCCGCUGCGCGGCGGAAGCACCGACAGCUUCCUCCUGGAACCCGAGGGCACGCCCUUGCCGGAGCACGACCUGGAAGGCGACCGGGAGCGGCGAGGCUUUCCAGAGAUCCCGCCCCUGCACGUACACGCCAUCUCCCGGGCAGCUUCGCCAGACUCCCGGGGCGACAUCAUGGACGCGCUGUUGAAUGACCUUGCGGACUUGGGCGUAGGCGAUGAGCUGCCAAGCUCCGCGCGCCAGCCCCCGCCGCCACCGCCCCCCUUCGGUGCCGAGACCGAGAAGGAGAUGCCAUGGAGUGCCGAGGAGGGCAUGGAGCUGCGACGGAUUGUGAAGCGCAUUGUACGCGCUGGGAAUUCAGACAAGGAGCAGAUCUGGCUGGAGGUGAGUCACGAGAUGGGAGGACGACGAGCCCCACGGGACUGCAAGCUUCAAUACGCCAGGGACUACAAAGCCGACAAGCUGAAAAAGCAGGCGCGGGCCUAGAUGAUGCUGCUGAGCGUCCACUUUCUCUUGGCCAGGCUUUCGGCACAGC